CUUCCGGUAUCAUUUGCUGUCAAAAAAAAAAUUACGGCGAUAAUAUAUAAAAUGGAUAAUUUCACAUGUAGUUGGAGUCUACUGAAUGUUUUAAAUGAUAUCAGUAGACUAAAUGCUUCUUAUUCAAAAGAUGUCACUAAGUUUCUAAGUAAACAAAUAUGGAGUCCGGAUGAUCGUACAAAGAUUUUGGACAAGUUGAGUGAACUAUUUAUCAAGGACAAGGCUCUAAAUCUUGGUGAGAAAUGCCGGCCUAUUCUUCUAGAUGUAGUAUGGAGAUGUAGACUACGCAUUGAACAUUCAGACUUCAACUUCAAACAACACCAAGAUUUUUGUAUUUCUUUAAGUAAAUGCUUACACUGGCCAGAUAUUCAAAGGUUUACCUUGGAUUAUAUCACUGGAAAACCAGGUUUCACUCGAUCAGAUGAUGAAAAUAAUGUUGAACCAAAGAGAAAAAAGGCAAAAAAGUCACAGACAUAUGAAGUAUCAGUGUGUCGGGCAGCAUGGCUGUUUGCCUGUUACCUUGGUGAAGAAUCUAGUCAUGUGACACCAUUGAAAGACCUGAUGCCAUACCUUACACAUGAUAACGAUGAUGUCAGAUGGUUUGCUUGUCAGGCAGUUAUGGAGGCACAAAAACUGUCUUCAGAUGCCAGGAGAAUAUUCCUUAACAAAUACUUCUCACCACAAACAAUACGGGAAUUAAAAAUCAGGCAUAAAUUAAAUGUAUCUCAGAAUUCAUCUGUUGUCCAGUCUGGAAUUAGUGUUGACAUAUUAUCCAAUGAACUGUCCCAUACACGUCACAUGAUCAUAGAAUCUGACCUCUGUGGAAAGGUCACCUGUAUCGGAGGUGUACUACUUUCUAAAGUUUCCAGCUCAUCUGAGGGAGAUGAUAGUCCACUAGAUUUGGAUUUAUUACCUGUACCCUCCAAUGAGGCCAACCUUCAUAGUUUAGCUUUAGCAGUGUCCUCGGGCAGUCCGGUCCUGCUUCAGGGUGUUGUUGGCUCAGGCAAGACUAGUCUGGUUGAGCACCUGGCCAGGUUAACAGGACGUAGUGGACCUCCGGCACUGAUGAAGAUCCAGAUGGGAGACCAGAUGGAUAGCAAGGCUCUGUUGGGAACAUACAGAUGUACAGAGGUACCAGGGGAGUUUAUCUGGCAGCCUGGGGUUCUAACCCAGGCUGUUACCCAUGGUUACUGGGUUCUGAUGGAGGACAUAGACUUUGCUCCGAUGGAAGUGAUAUCUGUGUUGUUACCAUUGCUUGAGACUCGAACCCUUUCUGUACCAGGUCAUGGGGAUAGUAUAAAGGCCGCGCCAGGGUUCCACCUGUUUGCAACUCAGAGGUUAUUGACUGGAAGCACUGGCUGGAACAAACAACAGAAUAGUAAUAGUGCUUUACUGGAUAAAUUGUGGACAUCUGUACUAGUGGAACCUCUCACCAGAACUGAACUUUCUAAGGUAUUAUGUACAAAGUACCCCAGUUUGGAGACUGUGGUUGACAAAUUGUUGGAUAUAUAUUUCCUGUUAUCUGCUGGUGACCACCAGGGGGCAUCCAGUGUUGCCAUGGAGACAGAGAUGGAGUCUGUUGGAAAGUUCCUGUCACAUGACGGGAGGCAAAUUUCAACAAGAGACUUGAUAACUUGGUGUGGAAGAAUUGCUAAGGACUUCGAUGUGUCCUCAUCAGGGGCAGGCAACUUUGUCUUUCUAGAAGCCUUGGAUUGUUUUGUUGCAUGUUUGUCUAAGCGUGACAGACGUAUACCCCUAGCUGAAGCCAUUGGAGCUAAACUCAACAUCACUAAAGUGAAGGUGGAAUAUUUCAAUGACAAGUAUAAACCAGAUGUAACUUCAACAUCUAAAACAUUCUGUGUGGGUAGAGUUACAUUACCAGUUCUCGAAACCUCUUCAUUCAUGCAGUCAAGAAGAAGGAGCACUUUUUCUUACACUCGUCAGUCAAGUGUUUUACUUGAAAGAGUGGCAGUGUGUGUCAAGAACCAGGAACCAGUCUUACUAGUGGGAGAGACAGGAACCGGCAAGACAUCUUCUGUACAGUAUCUCGCUGAACAACUAGGACACAAGUUACAUGUUAUCAAUAUGAAUCAACAAAGUGACAGUGCAGAUCUUCUUGGAGGAUUCAAGCCAGUGGAUGUGAAACAUAUCAUAAAACCUUUCUACGAGGAUUUUGAGUUGCUGUUCUGUAAGAGUUUCUCCAGGAAACAGAAUGCAAAGUUCCUUGGACAUUUACAGGAUUCUUUUGGGAAGAGAAAGUGGGAAAACUUAUUCUCAUUGAUGGAACAUACCACAAAGUCUGCUCUUCAGAAAUUUGAGAGAGAGACAAAGUUUCUAAAGAAGUGGCAGUCAAUAUCCAAACGUCUGUCACAGUUAAAGAUACAAGUUCAUCAGACACAGAAUGCACUGGCCUUCACAUUUAUGGAGGGUAGUUUAGUGAAGGCUAUAAGAGCAGGAGACUGGGUGUUGCUAGAUGAGAUCAACUUGGCUGCCAUGGAAACAUUAGAAUGUCUCAGUGGUCUGCUUGAGAGAACCACAGGUUCUUUACUACUUAUGGAACGUGGAGAUGUAGAGCCAGUUGUACGUCACCCAGAAUUCCGUCUGUUUGCAUGUAUGAAUCCAGCAACUGAUGUCGGCAAAAAGGACUUGUCUCCUGGUAUCAGAAAUAGGUUUACAGAGCUGUUUGUUGAUGAGUUAGAAGACCCAGCAGACUUGAAGAUCUUGGUCUGUGAUUAUCUCCAGGGUCUGUCACUCACUGCAGGACAGGUUGAUGGUAUAGUGAAAUUUUACCUUACUAUUCGAACCGAGGCCAGCAAGAAACUGACAGAUGGGACAGGUCAUCCACCUCAUUACAGUCUGAGGACUUUAUGUCGGGCACUGAGAUAUGCAGCCAAGAAUACAUGCGGGUCUGUGCCAAGAUCAUUGUACGAGGGAUUUUGUUUGAGUUUUCUCACUCAGCUGGACAGGUCUUCACAUCCAGUAGUACAACAGCUAGUAUGUCAACAUGUCCUGGGAAAAUCUAACAUCAAAUCUGUCCUCAAACAGCCCCUCCCCAUGCCACCUUGUGGGCGGAGCUUAAAUUUUGAAGGGUACUGGAUAUCUGUUGGGGACCUUGAGCCACAUAUACCAGAUGACUAUAUCUUGACUCAGUCAGUGAGAGCCAAUCUGAAAGAUCUAGCAAGAGUAGUUUCAGCCGGACAACAUCCAGUGUUACUACAGGGAGAAACUUCCGUUGGUAAAACCAGUCUGAUAAAAUGGCUGGCCCAGUCUACUGGUAACAUAUGUGUACGUGUAAACAACCAUGAACACACUGAUCUGCAGGAAUAUGUUGGUUGCUAUGCUGCUGAUGAGAAUGGAAAACUGGCAUUUAAAGAAGGUGUUCUGGUUGAGGCCAUGAAGAAAGGACAGUGGAUCAUACUUGAUGAAUUAAACCUUGCCCCAACAGAUGUACUGGAGGCUCUGAAUAGGUUGUUGGAUGAUAACCGAGAGCUGUAUAUACCAGAGACCCAGGAGACAGUGAAAGCUCACCCAAAGUUUAUGUUGUUUGCUACCCAGAAUCCACCAGGACAGUAUGGUGGCAGAAAGAUGUUGUCAAGAGCGUUCAGGAACAGGUUUGUAGAGCUUCACUUUGAUUUGAUACCCAGUAAAGAACUGGAAACCAUACUGCACGAGAGAUGUGAUAUUCCUCUCUCAUAUGCACGGCGACUUGUGGCAGUCAUGUUAGAGCUGCAGACCCGCAGGCGGGGUUCUGGAGUGUUUGCUGGCAAGAUGGGUUUUAUGACGCUACGGGAUCUGUUCAGAUGGGCAGGAAGGUACAAGUGUCCCGAGAUGGAUGGAAAGAAAUUCUAUGAUUGGGACAAACACUUGGCAGAUCAAGGUUAUAUGUUACUGGCUGGCAGGGUAAGGAAACCUGAGGAAGCAGAUGUCAUUCAGGAAGUGAUCCAGAAACAUUUCAAAUGUAAACUUACUGCCAGUUCACUAUAUACACUAAAUACUUCAACAUCCUUGACCUCGAAAUCGUGUUUAGGGAGUGUGCUGAGCCAAUCAGCAGAGGGCUUUCAUCAUGUGGUUUGGACGUACAGUAUGAGAAGAUUGGCUGUUCUGAUUGGACAAGCCAUAAGAUACAAAGAGCCAAUCUUACUGGUUGGAGAAACUGGGUGCGGAAAAACUACAAUGUGUCAGUUGUAUGCAGCUCUUUAUAAAACAGCUUUACACAGUGUCAACUGUCAUCUACAUACAGAAAGUGCUGACUUUCUUGGUGGUCUGAGACCUGUCAGAGCACACUCAGAGGAAGACAAAAAGGAGAAAUUGUUUGAAUGGGUGGAUGGACCUUUAGUACAAGCCAUGAAGAAAGGAGCCAUGUUUCUCAUUGAUGAAAUCUCAUUGGCUGAUGACAGUGUCCUUGAGAGGUUAAACAGUGUCCUUGAACUUGAACGGACAAUUCUAUUGGCUGAGAAGGGAGGUGGGGAUGGCAACCAGAAUGAGGUGGAGCAUGUGGUUGCUAAGGAAGGUUUCCAUGUGUUUGCUACCAUGAAUCCAGGAGGAGAUUUUGGAAAGAAAGAGUUAUCACCGGCAUUACGUAACAGAUUUACCGAGAUCUGGUGUCCACCAUCCAAUCACAGACAGGAUCUGAUUGACAUCAUCGAGCACAACUUGCAUUCUGGGAUACAUCUAUGUAACCAGGAGGAUGGAACCAGUGGUAUUGGUCGAGCCAUGAUGGACUUUGUAGAAUGGUUCACUAACAAUGAACUUGGUAAAAGAUGUACAGUCAGUAUCAGAGAUAUACUUACCUGGGUAUAUUUCAUUAACACAUGUUCUAAAACUGUGGAUUCAGAUAUUGCUAUGGAGACUGAAGAACCAGUCUAUAACAAGCUUGAUCCUGCAGUGGCCUAUAUACAUGGAGCAUGUCUAGUGUUCCUGGAUGGUCUUGGAGCAGGAACUACAAGCCAGGGAAACGAUGCUGUUGUGACCCAGCUGAGGACUGUGUGUCUGGCAUUCCUUCUCAAACAAGUGAACUUAUUGACCCAUCAGGAGUAUGGUCUUGGUGACCUUCAUCUCCUUGACAACAGUCAUGUGACCUUUAAUGCAGUCUUGGAAACAGAAAAUGAGUUCAGCAUCCCUCCAUUUAGUAUUCCUAAAGGAGAGAGAAGAUGUGAAGGAAAGCAUCAGUAUGCGCUAAAAGCACCAGGAACAUGUCUGAAUGCUCAACGUGUACUGAGAGCCUUACAGCUGCCCCGCCCACUCCUGCUGGAGGGUAGUCCAGGUGUGGGGAAGACCAGUCUUGUAGGGGCAAUAGCCAGAGCUGCUGGUAGAGAUCUAGUCAGAAUAAACCUUUCUGAACAAACAGAUGUAACAGAUCUGUUUGGAGCGGAUUUACCAGUGGAGGGAUCAGAAGGGGGAGUGUUUGCCUGGAGAGAUGGACCCCUAUUGCAGGCACUUAAAGAUGGAAGCUGGGUUGUUUUAGAUGAGUUAAAUUUGGCCUCCCAGUCAGUGUUGGAGGGACUGAAUGCUUGCCUUGACCAUCGAGCAGAGGUAUAUAUCCCAGAGCUUGGGAAGACAUUCCACAUCCAGCAUGAGAAGACAAGACUGUUUGCUUGCCAAAAUCCAUUAAACCAAGGUGGAGGCAGAAAGGGUCUUCCAAGAUCAUUCUUAAAUAGGUUUACGCAGGUUUAUGUUGAACCAUUAAAGAGGACAGAUCUGAUGUUUAUAGCAAGUACAAUGUAUCCAGAUAUACCCCUUGACAUCCUCAACUACAUGGUCAGCUUUAAUAUGCAGAUAUAUGAAGAUACAGUGAUAAAGGGUCUGUGGGGUCAGAAAGGAAGUCCUUGGGAGUUCAACCUCAGGGAUCUAUUCAGAUGGUGUGACUUACUGAUUGAGAACCAGAGUGCAGGUAGCUAUAAUCCCGGGGAAUAUGUUGGACUUGUGUAUGCUGAGAGGAUGAGGACUGUAGCUGACAAACAGCAGGUAUAUGACUUGUAUAGAAAUACUUUCCCAGCUGAAUUUGAAUCUUACCAUUCCACCAAAAUGUUUCACCAUGGAGGUCAUCUGGUUCAAAUAGGUCAUUCAUUCCUCAAGGUCAGAGGUGAAGGUCAUCUUAAAAAGAACAGAAGUGUUUCCAUGGAGAUGUUACAUCACAGUUUACAACCUCUGGAAUCUCUUAUGAAAUGUGUAGAAAUGAAUUGGAUGGCCAUUCUGGUUGGUCCCUCUAAUUGUGGGAAGUCGAGUGUUGUAGAAAUCCUUGCUCAGCUGUCUGGGAACCAGCUGAAUGUUCUGGCGAUGAAUAGUGCCAUGGAUACGACGGAACUUCUUGGAGGAUUUGAACAAGCUGAUGAUAACAGACAUUUAGAGGAGCUUGCAGCAGAAGUUCAUUCCACUUUGAAUACUGUAUGUGAACAAUGUCUACUAAGUGAUGACAUUGGUUGCCUAGAUACAGUUGCUAAGUUACAGGAACUUUGGAUAGAUAUACAGACAAAACAGAUGUCAGGUGACAGAAGGUCAAAUGUUGAAGAAUUAGAACUGAUGAAAAAUCAAGUAGUGGCUUUGUUGAAAAUUAUGGGUAUCUGCAAGAAGUCUUGGAGAAAGUUUGACUUGCAGGGAGAGAUUACAGAAAAAAUGGGUCAACUGAAGGUGAAGCUGGAACAUCUGAAACACAAGCUGUCAUUGGCUGUUGCUGGACAAGGGGGUGGGGCUUUUGAAUGGAUUGAUAGCCUAUUGGUCAGAUCUUUGAGGGAGGGGCAUUGGCUAUUGAUUGACAAUGUCAACUUCUGCAGUGCCUCAGUGUUGGAUAGGCUAAAUGCCCUUUUGGAGCCCCAUGGAGUAUUAUCCAUCAAUGAAAGAGGGGUUAUAGAUGGCGAAAUACCAACAAUCAAACCACAUCCAAACUUCAGACUAUUUCUAUCAAUGGACCCACGACAUGGUGAGAUAUCUCGUGCAAUGAGGAAUAGAGGAGUGGAAAUAUUUGUCCCUGGAGAGGAUGAUGGACAACUAUUCAGUGACUUUGACUUGCGUCAGAUCUUCAGUAGUUCAGGGUUGAAGUCAAGGCCCGUUUUUGAUUGGUUGUUGAAACUGCAUCACACCCUUGCUGAAGAGUUACCAAGGGGAGAUAAACCAAGCAUGCAGAAUCUUCUGCAGGUGUGCAGGCAAACUGUACAACAAUGUAACCAUGGAAAUAACCUUGAGAGGUCAUUGAGAUCAGCAUGUUACAGUGUUUAUGUUCAAAGACAACGACACACACAGUCAAAGCAGAAAUCCUCAGAGAUUGUAGACGGGGAAUGUGAAUCAAUGAGAGAGGCUGUGAACAAUGUCAGUUUGGUACCAGAGCUGGGAGUUACUCCAGUCAAGCUACCAGGGGUGUCGGAAUACACUACAGACCCUGCCAGUGCUUUGGUUAUGAGAAAUAGUGCCAUGUUUGUACACCUCCUUGAAGAGCAUAGGACUAGGGGUAUGGAUGUUAGCCUGAAGUUGAAGUAUGCCCUAAAUCUUCUGCUGCAGUUUUCAACAAGGAAUACUCUUCAGUUAAAUGUGGACUGGUUGCAGAACUUUUGUAAAAACUACAACCAGUCAGAGGAUGUCUGUAAAUAUGGAGUGUCCAGUCUACUGGAGACAAGCAGUCUCUUGACAAAUACCACAGCAACACCAGAGUUCAUGGAAACUUUGUUGACAUUAACAAAUAACUGUGUUAAUGAGUGCCCUUUGGAUCUCCGUUGGAAUGUUCAGUUAUAUGAAAGGUUUGUCCAUAACUACAAGGGAACUGAUUUACCAAAACUGAAAAGUUGCCUGGAGCUGUUCUUUAAUAGGUUACAUGUUCUGCAGAAGUUUCAGGUUAAUAUUAACAUGGCGAGAAAACAUCAGGAAAAACUACAGCAUGCAGUACAACAAGAUAAAAGUCUUGGUAAGCAGACGACACAUGAAGCUGUUGUCCACUUGGUGGCACUGUUCCCAUUGUUGACCUCUGCAGUUCCAGAGUUACUACAAAACAUGGAAUUACAGUCAUAUGAGAAAGUCACACUGGUGCUGCAUGAUCUACAAUGGAUACCACGACUAUAUGAAACAGCUGCAGUGACAUUACACAGCACUGAGGCAGCAUCUAGACUAGCUCUGUUCUGGAAAUGGUUGCACAACAAAUUCUUGUCUGGUUGCCUUGGAAAUAUGAGUGACAGUCAGAAUAUUUUGGCAAUUGUUGCUGUGCUGCAAGGUAUUCUGGGUAAAGAUGACAGGACGUGGAAGCUAUUUAUAAAGUUCUGGAGGUCAUGGGGUCAUCCUACACCAUAUUCAAGUGAAGACGGAGCAAAACUGAUAGUGAAAGCUGCGAAACUGUUUAAUUUGCUACAGUUUAGCAGUACAAAGUCUGUUCUCCUGAAUACCCCAAAAGUUAAAUUGAUAAAAAGCAGACGACAAGUUCUUUUGGAAGUUGGCCAGUGUCUCUUUGGAGAGUCUGAAACAGAAAAUCUUGAAAUGAAAGAGAAGGCAAUACAGUUAUUGCAAAGUCUGCUAAGAGGUCAUGGUCUCCAAAACAAGGAAGAAGACAUUGUUGCCAUGGAAACAGAUGAUCAGUUUUCAGGUGACCAAUCAGGUGACAGUAUGAGGCAAAAAGAGAUACCAUUGGACUUUGUACAGUUGUGGCCGUUGUUUGAAUACUCCUCAGCUCUGGAAAGCUGGAAAAUGCUUGGUGACUUAAAUACGACCCAGUGUGUUGAUCAGAAACUUCAGUCAUUGGUUGAUUAUGCAGCUCAUUACACCCCUAUAUCUCCAACUGAUCUCAGCUUCAUGAUGAAAUUGUUGAAUACAGUGGAGGUUUCUGUACCAACUGCUGUCAGUCAUGUGUUGUGUAGACUGAGGACCUGCUGUGCAGUGAACAACACAUCAGACUGGUUAGAAUGGUCAGACAUACCUCAACAAGAGCCAGAGGAUAACCCCAGCAUCAAGAAGCUCAACAUACACCAAUCUGUCUUGUCCUACAUGCUGAGUACUCUGCUGUCAAGGGCAGACAACUGUGUUACCUUGACAACUCCCUCCAAUGUGAAGAUCAGUGCUCCAUUGAAGAGCUACACAAAGGAGAUCACUCAGAUGUCCCAUAUAUCCAGGCAUAUUUGGUCCCAUGUUGGUACAUACAGUAACAGCAGCAAACAACCUGUGGCAUUAGACAAAACCAGCCUCUACACAUGUUUAAUCCAUACACUGAAAUCCUGCAAGUCUUUGGUGGACCCUGAUCAUACUCAAGAGUUUUCUGGUGCAAUAGAAUCCUUGUCUGCCUCAGAUAUCUCUUGUAGAUGUCUUGAAAACAUUAAUCAGAUGUUGACUAAAUGUUGCUCUAAUCUUGACAAAACUUGUGUAGAACAGUUACAGAGCGUUCUUCAGAGCAUACUGGCAGUCACCACUGAUAGGUCACAUGACCUGGGUACACUGGGUGUUGCAUGGAUUAAUCUGGGACUGUUUAAUAUGAAGUUGUUAGCCCCACAGGGGCCAGUAGAUCCAGUGGAGAAAGUGGCAAUAAAACUUCAGCUGUUAAGAGAUGAGUUGUUAGAUGUAGACACAGAAUUGGAGGUGUUAUGUAUGCAUCACAGAUUGGUUACAGGCCAAGAUCUGCUUGAAGUGUCAUCUAGGCUGGUUCACCCACGUGUGCCAUAUCUGAGAAACCAGUCGAGGGAUCUUAAGGAUAAGAUAAGGGAGCUGGAACAACAAGUUGCCUAUAGACCUACCCCAUCACAGUACAAUCAGUUGGUGGUAGAUAUCAGAAACUUUAUGGAUAGUGUGUCAUCUGCUGAGAAUGUGAACAAACUGGUGAAAAAGCUUCAGGGUCAAAGAAACAAACCAUCCAAAAACAUGGCUGCCUUACAGGAAGUGGAAUUAUGGGAAAGAUCACAAGACAAGUUUAUAGAGACAAUAGAGACAGAAUAUCCACUGUAUAGAGAUAUAACAACACCAUUCCUAUCUGCAGUUCAGCAGAUGGUUCAUGGUACAAGUGUAUUGUCACAUACAGUGAGACAGAGUAUGUUGCUGAAUCGUCUAGUCAAAACAUCAGACAUAGCAACAAGGUCUUCUUUAGAGAAGCUGGUUAUAUUAGUUGGCAAGUUUCCAACAUUGUCAUGGCAACAACCUUCAUGUCAUCACUUAGCAAAGACACUGACUUCAGAUGCCAGCCUCAGUUUGAUGAAAACAGUUCUUUCUCACUCAGACUUGGAGGAAAUGGACCUUUCACAAAUUGCCUCAGACAGUGUUUUGUCAAGUUGCUUGUUCACUGUUCAUAAUGCAGCCAGUGUUAGGAAAGAGUUGACAUCUGGCCUUGUGAUGACCUUGACCCAAAUACUGGAGAUGUAUGUGUUGUCAUGGCAACGUGCAGAAGAGGAGAGGAAGGCUCGUGAGGAAGAGGAAGCCAGUCUGUACCGCUACAAAUCCGAGGUGCAUGGAGAUGAGAGAAGUGAAGAGGAACAACUUGAAGCAAACUUCCAGGAAAACUUCCCUCAGUUUACCCAGGACUUCGUAGAUCUUGUUGGACCAAAAUCCUUUGAAGAUUCAACUGUUCAUAUGGAAGAUGACAGUAGCACAAACACUGCAGCAGAUGUAUCAUCCUUCAAAGUGACAAGCACUCAGAUGACACAGAUCUUCCUUGUCCACCAGAAGCUGUACAAACAUUUGGUAAACACAGACUGGUAUCAGCCAAUGAAAGCCCAGUCUCUACAGUUACAUGAUUGGAUCAAACCAAUCCUGUCAAAUUACACUGCAGCCACAGUUCUGACCAAACAUCUGACAGACGUUCUUAGCAGCAAUAUAGACAGUCAGCUACUGGGAGGACACCUGGUGGUAUCAGCUGUACAACAGUUCUAUAUCUUACAAGCAAACCAGCAGUGUGCAAGUCAGCUAAUCCCUAAACCCAUCAUCUAUGAUAUCUACCAUGAUACAAAUGUUCCAGAAGUAAUACAGUGUCUACCAGUUAUAAACUGUCUUCGUGUGAGAGUUACAGAACUUCAACAGGAAUGGCCUGACCAUCCUACACUGAAACAGCUGUGUGAGAUUAUGGACAGAAUAGAGAGUUUCCCUAUCACCUGUCCUGUGAUGAAGUUUCUGACUGGGAUUGAAUUACUGCUACAGACAGCACAGGAUUGGGAGAGCAAUGCUUCACAGCAUGUAUCCAUGGUAACCCAGCUGGCUGACAUUUCAAGGCUUAUAGUUCAAUGGAGAAAACUGGAGUUAAGCUGUUGGGUGAAUGCACUGGACACUGAAGUACACAAGUACAGAUCAGCUGCCAGUAAAUGGUGGUUCCACCUCUACCAAGUUGUUAUGUCCUCAAUACAGCCUCAGGAAUCUAGCGAAGCCGCCUCACUGGAAGAUGUGAUAAAAUCACUGAAACGUUUCAUAGAACAUGCCACACUAGGUGACUUUCAAUCUAGGCUGGAAAUGUUGCUGAGUUUUCAUUGUCAUUUGGUUACCAUGACAACAUGUGGGGCACAGCCUUCUUCCAUGGAAACCGGGACAUUGAGGAAGGAACUACAGAAUGUGUUAUGGAAUAUGUACCAGUUUUACUCUAGAUUCAGUACCACUGUGCAGUCAGAGCUGGACAGACAGAGGGCACCAAUUGAAAAAGAGCUUAAGGGCUUUGUAAAGAUUGCCCGCUGGUCAGAUAUCAACUACUGGGCUUUGAAACAGGCGACAGAGAAAACACACAGAACACUGCACAAACAUAUCAAACAGUUUCAGGGUGUUCUGCAGCAGCCUGUGCAAGGAAUUUUGGGAGAUGUAGACACUGGCGCCACCUCUUCAGGGGCAGAUCACUCUAGUUGGUCAGAGAAAAUGAACAAAUAUCAGGAAGACUUUGUUAAACAGCUAGAACAAUAUAAGGUCAGACUCCAGCCUGCUCCUGCAGCAUGUUCACCUGAAAGAUUUCCUCUUCAGUAUAGACUUGUACAUCUGUGUACACGUUUAAACAAACACUGGAGACAGAUUGUAAGCUCAGCACAGUAUUGUCAGCACAUAGUAUCUCUAGAUGAAUUUACAGGUGAACUGAUAGAAAAUAUUUAUGAGCUGCAAGCACUAGAAGUUAACAGGAAUGAAGAGAAGGAGAAGCAGAAAUCUGAGGCAAAGCAUAUCAACUUGAGGAAGAGAACAGCACUGAGUGACCUCUUCAGAUACCUCGCCAAACUUGGGUUAUCAUACAGAAGAGGACUGGCCAUUACAGAUAGCAGUGACAAAGCUCUGAAAGUACCUCCUGUAGAUCUCAGUGUAUCCUUGCAGAGUGACAGUCAAGUGCAGGAAGUCUGGUCUGGUUGUCUGCCGUAUUUCUACAAGUGUGUGUCCAGGAGAGCCCAAUUCCAGGCUGCUCUUGUUACACCUUCAAAGGAACUUGGUGUUGGCAAUAUUGAUAGAUGUCGAGGUUUUGCAGAGCACCUCUACAAACUUCUGAUGGAACAACACACAGAGGUUACCUACCUGGCAGCCCAGUACAAACAGAUCCGAAUGCUGGUCCAGGAUGUUGACAGGCUAAAUGACAACAGAAAGAUAACAAUACCACAGUCCGAUGCCAGCAAGUGGAAUGAUGUCUGUAAAAGCCUUGUCUGUCAGGUUUUGGAAGGCUUGAAUCAGUUCCUUGUUAUUCUACACUGUUGCCCACAGCAACAAGUGGAAGUCACUCUACAUCCAUCCCCUGUACCAGCAGACAAUCUCCACCAGAUGGCACUACUAAAGCAAGGAGAUGAGGAGCACAAAAAUGCAAUAUCUCUAGUCCAGAAUUUACUAAACGAAGUACAGAUUUCACAGACAAUGUUGUCAGGGGUACAGUCACAUUUGUUUAUUUGGUCAGACAUUGAGCAUAUGAAGACAGUGUAUGCAAAGUUGUUUGCUAUUGUACCCAGCAUGCAACAGCUUUGCAAGCUUUUUACAGACCCUGAUUCCAGUCACCCAAAUGCUUUUACUGAAGUGUUGCAUUUCCUGUCUGAAGAAAUUAAUAGUAAAGUGUCUGAAUUUGAAACUUGGCAUAAAACCAUUGAAGGUCAAGGUCAAGUGAAUGACCUUGCUAGUGAUGCAGUGUCAGAAUUCUCUGAGACACUGGAACAGCUGAUUUCAAGUAUUCUUUUGGUGGUGCAGAAGCAAAGCAAACAUCAUGUUACCAUGGAAACAGAAAAUAUUGGUGAUAGCCCCACAGAGGAGACUGAAGAUGAGGAACUGUGUGAGGGUCACCUUGUGAAGGUCAUAUAUGAAAAACUGCAACAAGACAGACAACUCUUAGAAUGUGACCAGACUAUUAACAGUUUACAAUCCCUCCUACAACAAGUUGUGUCCUCCAGAACCUCGGACACAUACAAGGCUAUGGUAGAGAACCUAUCCCACUGUGCCCCUCUCUUGUACCAGUACAGAGAUAUUGUGCACCAUCAUGUGAUCAGUAACCUAGCAACACAGAGAACUAUGGGAAAACUUCUGUCUGUGCUUCUAGGAAUGUUUACAGACCUUGCAGCAAAGGGUUUCUGUAUACCUCCGGAACUGUCUGAUGAGAUGUCUGGGGAGGGGGCAACAGAAUUCUGUGAUAUGGAAGAAGCUGGGAUGGGUGAGGGAGAGGGAGUGAAGAAUGUCAGUGACCAGAUAGAAGAUGAGGAUCAGCUGGAUGAAGCGAAAAGACCAGAAGAUCACAAUAAAGAAGAUCCUGACAAUCAACCUGAUGUAAAAUCAGAGGAAAAUGCAAUUGAGAUGUCAGAAGACUUUGAUGCCAAAGCUCAGGAUCUGGAAGAUGUUGAUAAAGAAAAAAAUGAUGAAGAGAAUGAUGACGAAAAUGAAGAAGAUAUCGAUAAACAGAUGGGUGAGGUGGAUGAAAUGGACAAUGAUAAGCUUGAUGAACAGAUGUGGGGUAGUGAUGAGGAGGAUAAUGUUGAUGAAGAACAGAAAGAAGAGUCAGGACCAGGGGAUGGUAAACAAAGUGAACCAGAACUUGUCGCUAAAGAUGACAAUGCUGACAAGUCUGAGAAUGAUAAAGACAGGGAACAGGGUAAUAAAGAUGAGACAGAGGAGGAUGAGAAUGAUGAAAAACAGAAACAAAACAAUCUGGAUAAUUUAGAUCAGGACAAUUAUGAUGAUGACCAAAUUGACCCCUAUCAUGGCAAGCAGGAAGAACAGCAGGCCCCUGAUGACCUUGACCUUCCAGAUGACUUACACCUUGAUGAUGACAAUGAUGAUGGAGCAAAAGAUGAUGAAAAAGAGACGGAUGAAACAGGCCCUGAAAAAGAAGAAGAUAUGAACUUGCCACCAGAGGACACACCUGACGAACCUGGUGAGGAACAGAAAUCCGAAUCAGAAGAGAAACAAGACCAAGAGCAGUCUCAAGACAAUGGAGAAGACCUACCAGAAGAAACAAACAAUGAAGAGAAGAACACUGAUGGUAAAGAUUCAGCAGACAUUGAUGAGAGGCAGGACCAGGAAGGCGAAGAUGAACAAGGGUUUACACCUCAGGAUGAGUCUGCAGUAGAUACAGAAGAGAAUGAGAAUCAAAAUGAAGCAGACGACCCUGUACCUACAGUAGAACAUUAUGGGAAGACUUCCCAUGAUGCAACAGAGAAUGUUGAACAGAGUGACACUGCACAGGAUACUGCAGGGGAAACAACUGAAAAUGAGCAACAAGAGGUCGAUGGUACAGGUCAAGCUAGUGCAGACCAAAUUGAAGGUCAUCAAGGUCAAAGGUCAACAAAAGUAGCAGACUCAUCAUCUAGUGGUAAAAGGAAACAGGAGGACAGACAACCUGGAAAAUCUGACAGUGAAAGGUCAUUGGGGUCAACUGAUCAGAAAUACAAGAAAUUAAAAACAACUGAUUCCACACUGAAUAAACAGGAAGAAACAGAAGAUAAUCAGGAGUCUGAAGAACAGAAUAAGUCAGACCUAUACGAGCAUGUUAAAGACUCAAAGUCACAUCAUGAUGCCCAGACACUAGAUGUCGCCACUGCUGAGCAACAAGAAAAGCAGGGACAGAUAACCCAGGAUAAUGAGGAAGACAACUCUGAUGUUGAUGAUGCAGAAAUGGCAGAUGAGAAAGAUACAGAGGACUUUGAAAAACUUGAUGACCUAUUAUCUAAUAAGUUGAAAAAGAAAUCCAAAAUUGAGGCAGAUAAAACACAAGAGGAAUCUGCAGAAGCUGUGGAAGCAGACGGUCAAGUUCACGAAUUGCCAGGGGAGAUAAUUGCAACUGAAACUGUUGCCAGGGGAAGUGACUCUACCAUACAUACUGCAAUGGAACACCUGCAUUUAGACAGCAAUACAUUUGACCUUGAGAGUUUAAGGUCAGAGCUUGAAAACCAGCUUGGAUCAUGGACACAGUCUAAUCUCCCAGCUGACACAGAUGCUGAGUCUGCUGCCAGUGAGUUAUGGCAUAGAUAUGAGGCCUUGACCUCCAGCCUGGCCCAGGACCUUUGUGAACAGCUACGUCUGGUGCUUGAACCUUCACAGGCCACCAAACUCAAGGGAGACUACAGAACUGGAAAGAGAUUAAACAUGAGAAAAGUGAUUCCCUAUAUAGCAAGUCAGUUUAGGAAAGAUAAAAUCUGGUUACGGAGAACUAAGCCAAGUAAAAGACAGUACCAGAUCAUGUUGGCUAUAGAUGACUCUUCUAGUAUGGUGGAUAACCAUUCCAAACAGAUGGCCUUUGAGUCUCUGGCACUGAUAUCAAAUGCGCUAACGCUGCUUGAGUCAGGACAGCUUUCAAUUUGCAGUUUUGGUGAGGCAGUGAAUGUGUUGCACCCAUUCACAGAACAGUUCACUAGUUUGUCAGGGGCACAUCUGCUACAGUAUCUCACCUUUGAACAGAAGAAAACAAAAAUUGCACAUUUACUCAAGCAGGCCACUGCUAUGAUGCUAGAUGCACGAAACAAACAGCAAGGAAUUGUGGGUAACCCAGAGACCUCUCAGCUCUUGUUGAUUGUAUCAGAUGGGCGUGGCUUAUUCAUGGAGGGCAUGGAGGUAGUGAAAACAGCCGUACGACAAGCAAGGGAGGCAAAAGUGUUCAUUGUGUUUGUUAUUAUAGACAACCCAAAAAAUAAGGACUCCAUCCUUGACAUCAAAGUUCCUGUUUUCAAACAAGCGGGUCAGAUACCAGAGAUUAAAUCCUAUAUGGAUUCUUUCCCUUUCCCAUUCUACAUUAUUCUACGUGACAUUAAUAGUUUACCCAUGGUGCUUAGUGAUGCCCUCAGACAAUGGUUCGAACUUGUUACUGCAAUAGAUAGAUGAUGAAAGAUUCACCAUAGACUUUCCUGGGCAAUACUGUAAUAUUAAAGCUGGAGUUACAUUUAUCAAAUGUGCUGAAAAUGUGAAAUAUGUUGUACCAUGUAAAAGAGAGAAAUUUGAGAUGUUUAUGGUAAAGUGUUAAUGAUAUGCAUGUUUUAAAUUACAAUAGUACUAUGUGUAUUAUUACACUUUGCAUUAAGUUUUGCUGAAGAGCUUUUAUAGUAUAGAACUGAAGUAUAUAAAUUUUAGCAGGGCUAUUGAGCAUGUCUGAGGUCUUAUGUAUUGUACUGACCUGAAGCUAGGCCACAUACUGAUUUUACUGUACCAUAUGCCCUGUUUGAGGUCUUAUGUAUUGUACUGACCUGAAGCUAGACCACAUACUGUUUUUACUGUACCAUAACACAAUUUAUUUACUAUCAUUGUUACUAGUUGUGCCUGUCAAAAUCCCAUAUAGAUGGUUAAACAUCAUGCGGCACUGUAGAAUUUAUGUUUCAUGUGUAUAAAAUGCUGUACCAGAUUUAACCAGAGGGGAUACAAGCAAGAACAGGUAUUGUCCAGAUAAACAGAUAUCUGUUGAGAAAUGUGAAGAUUUAAUGAAGGACAUUGUUUCUGAAAUCAUUCCUCUUCCACAUCUGGUUCAGCUGGAGAAGUUUGCAGGUACUAGUGGAAAACUGAGAAAAUGUUUUUAUAUUUCCAGCACUAUAAAUUAAACCAGUAAACUAUGUCAAACUGUGUGUUUUAUGCAGUAUGUACUUGUAAGCACUUAUGUGGUGAAAGAACUUUAGAAAACUUUUGUCACUGGAUAUAGAUGACGUAAGAAACAUGUUGCAGGACUUGUGUAGGUUUUUUUUAGUGAUUUGUAAUUUGUGGCAUUAUUUUGCAAGAUCUGGAUAUAAGUCAUGGUUUAAAAGUGUAGUAGUAGGAACUUCUUGAAUUUCGAAGUUAUGUUUUAUUGCCAAAAAUGUAAUUUUACCUGCAAAAAAAUAUUGGUCCAAUUUUCGAAAGAUUUUAAAGGAGACUGUUGAUAUUAUGCUUCCUAAAAUAUGAUUGAAAGUUUUGUAACAACCCAGUGGCAUUAAAAAUAUUGCCAAGCUUGAAAUUUUAGUUUUUCAUGUCUGAAAAUGGGGGGCGGGGAGUACCAGAUAUAAACCAUUUUUGGCUGUUAAAAAAAACAACUAAAGUUCCUGUGACCACCAUUUGAGGUCAUUAUGAUGAUAAUACUAUGUAAUUUUAUUGAAUGGUUGUGUAUUAAAGAGAAAUUGAGGAAUAGUUUUGUUACAGUAAAAUUUGAUCAACCAGUACAUUCUUGGAUAUAUCCAUAUACAAUGUUUUAUAGACCUUUCAGUCUAAAACUUUUCUUUUUAUUUUAUCAUGUGGACAGCUGCAUAUAAUGAAAAUUCUCUUAAUUUUUAUUUUACAUUUUAAAUAAUGGCAGCAUCAGUGCUGUUCAUCUGUCUUCAUUGUUUUUGUAUAUCUUGUUAUGGAGACACUGUUAUGUUGAUGAUUGAAAAUAAAUCAUAUGAGAAGCAA